AAAAUGGCUCCAUAGUCGCGUAGGAAGUGGGCCUCCAAAUGAAUGUACACCCGUGUGGGUUGAGCCCAGCAUGGAUGCCCAGCAUAUUUUAUCACAAUGGAGGGCGAAUGCGAGCAGCUGGUCGACUUUUCAGGCAAUGCGACGAUGGUGCCGAGCCGCGGGUUCUUUGGGACAUGCACAGAUGUGAGCGUGUAUGAGAAGCUUGGGCGUAUCGGCGAGGGCACGUACGGUAUCGUCUACAAGGCACGGCACCGGCGCACCGGCAGAAUCGUCGCGCUGAAGCGCAUGCGCGUCAACAUGGACGACAGCAGCAGCGGGCUCCCGCUGUCGAGCUUCCGCGAAAUCGCGCUGCUGACAAAGCUGCGGCAUCCAAACAUAGUCAGCGUGCUGGAGAUAGCGGUGGGCACCAGCAUUGACAAAGUGUUCAUGGUAAUGGAGCACUGCGAGUGCGACCUGGGCACAUUGCUGGAUAGCCGGGCGGUGCCAUUCACAGCGUCGGAGGUCAAGAGCCUGGUGGGUCAGCUGCUGCGCGGGCUCGAGUUCUGCCACCAGAACUUUGUUGUACACCGAGACCUCAAGCUGCCCAAUGCACUGCUGACAAAAUCGGGCGACGUUAAAAUAGCCGACUUUGGCCUGGCCAGGCUAUUCCAUCAGCCGCGUCGUCCGAUGACGCCGCGCGUGGCUACUUUGUGGUACCGCGCGCCGGAGCUGCUGUUGGGUGCUGUUGACUACUCGCCAGCAAUCGACAUGUGGUCGAUGGGGUGCGUGUUCGGCGAGCUGCUUGUCCAUAAGCCGUUUAUGCCGGGGUCGUCGGAGCAGCAGCAAAUGAAUCUUAUUGUCGACAUGAUCGGUGCGCCCAACGAGCGCAUCUGGCCUGGCUUCAGGAAUCUGCCGCUGGCUGAGUCAAUGCAGUUCCCUGACAACAAGUUUAACAACCUGAAGCUGGCUGUGCGCGGCGUCGGCUCCAACACAAUUAUGCUGCUGAAUUCGCUGCUGACGUAUGACCCGCGAAAGCGGUUGACAGUCCGACAGGCACUGGACCAUCCGUAUUUCUUUGAGAUGCCUGCAGCUGCCAAGCCGGUUUUAUAGAUGCCACGGAACCAUGUGAUGCUAAUUGCGGCUCGCAGUGAAUGCCGCAAAUCCACUGGUAAAGGUGCCCUUUUCGUCCCACGGUUCUGACGUUUUUCUGCUACACUUUUGUUUCUCCACUGCUUUUUUUGUUUCUUUUCUGUAUACACUUUUCUGUACCUCUGAAGCAAUAUAAGAGCCCUCGACUAUU